CUUUUGGGUCUCUUAGGCGCUCGGGGCUCUUGGCACCGGCGUUGAGUCGCGGCAACCUGGUCCGUGCAGCAAGUUCCCGCGCUUUCGCAAGGCUCUUACAACGCACAUAUUGCUUUGAGCUGAGCUGAGACGUUUCCUUUAUUCGACCUGCGUGGCCCCUAGCAGCUGCAGGCGCGGCGUCCGUUCCGCGUUUCUGCUGCGGCACCUGUUGCGCGGGCGGCAACCAUGACCGCCGGCAGCCAGAGCGUUGCCAAGGCGCGGCCAGCAAUCAAGCAGGACCGGCCUUCCUUCCAUAUUGCGCCGCCCAAAGGCUGGCUGAAUGAUCCUAACGGGCCUCUGUUCUACGCCGGCUACUAUCACAUGUUCUACCAGCACAUUCCCGAGAGCUGCAUCUGGUCGUUCGGACUUGUGUGGGGCCACGCCGUGUCGCGGGACCUGGUGACGUGGGAGCACCUGCCGCCCGCGAUCGUGCCCACGCCAGGUGGGCUGGACGCGGACGGCUGCUUCAGCGGCUGCGCUACGCUUGACGAGCACGGCGUGCCCACCAUCCUCUACACCGGCGUCCGGCUGCGAAGCAACGGCGCCGCCGGGCCCCUUCCCCCCGUGGAAACGGAUCUGCAGCUUCCAUUCAUAGAGUCGCAGUGCGCCGCUCGCCCCGUUGACCCAUCGGACCCCAAGCUUACGCACUGGACGAAAAUCGAGUAUCCCUGGAUGGCCCUGCCGCCGGCCCACUGGGGCCUCGGUGGCUGGCGCGAUCCCUACAUCAUUAGCAGGCCCGGUGCGGACGGCUCUGGGUGCUGGUCUCUUAUCAUUGGCUCGGGCGUGAAGGACAACGGCGGCACGGUGCUGGUGUACAAGAGCAAGGAGUUGCUGGACGGCUGGCAGCUGCACGGCGAGCUGUGCCACGGGCGCGGCGAGGGCUCAACGACGGGCUUCAUCUGGGAGUGCCCCCUUCUGACAAAGCUCCCUGCGCUACCCGCACACAUCGCCCGCGGCGGAGUGGUAUCACACGGCAACGCGUCAAGGGCGUCCACCUCGGAGUCAGGUGAUGACAUGGCGGACACGCCGCACUUCUUCUGCAUCUCGCCGGACGCCUGCACCAACCCCAGCUACUACUGGCUUGGGCGCUACGACACCGAGUCUAUGACCUUCAACCUGAAGGGCGCGGAUGGGCCGUUCCGCUUGGACCUGGGUGACAUUCUGUACGCGCCCAACACGCUGGAGGACACGGCAAAUGGGCGCACUCUUCUGUGGGGAUGGAACCAGGAGAAGCGCACCAAGGUGGGCGCGUACGACUACGCGGGGUGCUUGUCAGUCCCGCGCAUCCUGUGGGCUGAGCCCAGCACAGUGGCAGCGGAACCAUCAAGCAGCUCAAGCAACCAGUCCUCGGCGGAGCCCUCCCGAUGGGCACUGCACCAGCAGCCUGUACCCGAGCUCUCAAGGCUCCGCAAAACCGAUGCCGCCUCCUGCUGGCGCCUCAGUGACGACCUGCCCGGCGAGUCCGCAGAGCUGAUCAUCCUGGGCAGUGCACGGUUGCCGCUGCCAGUCGUGUCCGGCCCCUUCCUCGACAUCGAGCUGGUGCUGGAGCGCGCCGACUCGGGUUGCACAGCAUCCGGCCUGCUCCUGACCAGCACCACGGCGGAGGGCGGCGCUGCGCUGCUGUACCACUGGGACAGCGGCGUGCUGGAGGUGGUGUUUGAGGCGCUGGACCCGCACACGCUCACCUUCAGCCUGGCGGCCCCCGGCGCGCGGCGUGUGGGCGGCCCGCUGCUGCGCCCGCCCGCGCCCGGCCAGCCGCUCAGCCUGCGCGUGUUCCUGGACUACUCCUGCCUGGAGGUCUUCACCGGAGACGGCGAGGUGCUCACAGCGCGAGUCUACCGAGGCGUGCCCUCUUCCAUGGAUGCCGCUGGCGGCCUCGCCGGCAUCGGCGCUCCCUCAGCGGCCGGCAUCGACAUCAUCUCCGUUAAGGAUGGCAACUCCGACGGCAACGCAGGCGCGACCCGCAUCCUGCACUGUGAGGCGUAUGAGAUGUCGCCGGCGUUCCGAUUGUUCCUGGGCGCUAUCGAUGACGAGGAGGAGGCCCUGGCCGCUGAGCCCAUCCAGCUGCCCGCGUUUGGCGCGCCCGUUGCCGUGACGGUGGAGGCCCUGUGACGGGAUGGCGGUGAUGCGGCGGUCUCCGACACGGGGAUCGACCGUGUGGUCUGUGAGGGGCAUGAUGAUGAAGUAGGGAGAUGUCAGCGGGAGCUUGCUCGUUUGUGCACGCAUGCAUCAUGGCAGCAUGGGAUGCACCGCGUGUGCGCUCUGCACACGUCGUGGGUGAGGUGGCACGGGAGCAUGCGGGCCUCGGACGAAGCAUGGUGCCGGUGAUCACAACAACCACAACAAACAAUAUUACUCAUUCGACCAGACAUCGUGAUCCAACCUGCAAGCAUUCUUUUCGGACGACUGAUGGCAGCAUUGCCUAACGUGCGAAGCGGUGUACAACUUGCGGCUGGGGGCGUUGGCCACUGUAACCUGUUUUGCUCUUAGGAUUACCGCCUGUGCUCGGCUGGGCUGCUGGGCGUAACGUGGAUUGCGCAUUGAACCAGCUUACACAUGACAAGUAUUUUACGACAGUUCUUACGGGCACUAGCCUUAACAGUACACACACGGGUUGACAGGCUGACAGUGCGUUGGGGGAUUCCGUGUGUGUACGGUAACGGCGAGGGACCUGGCACGUAGGACUCAGUGGGCACAUGUUCACCACCCUACCCCAGCUAUGCAUUGGCCUCUGUACCACAGAUAACCAGGUACCAGCCAAGGGCGUUUGAAGUUAUUCUGCGUCGAUAAAGCCAGGCAAGGCCGAGCCAGACAUGGACGCGCGACCUGGAAUGGCGGGGGGAACGGCACUUCCUAACUCACCUCCGAAUUACCUAAGCUGCCCCAGGGGGGGUAGAAAGCUCAGAUUCUUACCCCAUGCUCAAAAUUACAGAGCUUUAGGAGAGCAUUAUGCACGUACUUUUAGUUUUUUAAGGGGGUGUCUGGUGAGGAAGUUCUGGGCCGCCAAAGUUGGGGGGUCGGUCCUCGUCCCUGGGGGUCCGUCGGGUUUCGGGAGCUCAUCCUGGCGGAGGAUCCAGCCCGCGACCAAAGUCUUAGAACAGGACCGCUGAUGGCACGGAGUGAUAGUGCUCGUCAAGACGAGUCGAUUGACACCACUUUGGUAUAAAAUGGAGGGGUUUUAACCUGGCUGCCCUGUGCAUAACCAAGAGGCUUGGCUAGGACUCACUGUGCGCGGAGUCACACGGACUUUGCCCGCGGGAGGGUUUGCAGCAAAGUCGGGGUUGGUGGAGUCAUGUUGGGCCCUGAUAGCAUGUGAUGGCUCGGCGUCUUCGGGUGCUGGGACUGUCCCCUCUGUAACAUCCGCAUUCAUAACCAAAUUUGGGACUGUAACGACUGUUAGCC